GUGUGUGUAACUGUUUGCAUCUAUGUAGUGUAGAUCUGUCUCACAAUUACCUGUCUGAGUUCUCAACCCAUGUCAUGUUUUUAGUUAUUUGGCCAAUAAGACUGCAGGACACACAUCUUCCUGAAUCCUUCCUUGUGUCUGACCUUUGAUGUCACAAUAUGACCUAUGGUUAUUAAUCAGGCCACAGCUGCUCACAGAGCAGACGGCAAGGUCAAGAGGACCAGUACAGUAAGAUGUGGAAGAGAAUUGACCAUCAACCCAAGAUAAAAGCAGGGGAUGGACCUCAGGCAGACCAGCUCAAGGCAUUGGGGUCAACUCAGGAACCUGCCAGGCCACACACUCUAGAGCUGUCAGAAUCCCAGAGCUUUCUGGUGUUUGAGGACAUUAGUCAUCACAUCAAAGAAGUGGGGCCCCAACUGGUAAAGAAAGUCAAUGCCAUCUUUCAGCUGGACAUCACCAAAGAUGGGAAGAUCAUUCUGCAGUGGACCAUUGAUCUGAAGAAUGGUUCUGGCGACAUGUACCCAGGACCUUCCAGGUUCCCAGCAGACACUAUCUUCACAAUCCCAGAGUCUAUCUUUAUGGAGUUAGUUUUGGGCAAAAUGAAUCCACAGAAGGCUUUCCUGGUUGGCAAGUUCAAAGUGAGUGGAAAAGUUCUGCUUGGCCAGAAGCUGGAGAGGGUUUUCAAAGACUGGGCUAAAUUUUAAGCAUGCAAAACUACCAAAGGAAAGCCCAAACCUCACUGGUAUGUUGAAGGGAAUUCAUGCUUGAAGUGAAGAUUAAAGUAAAAGAUAGCCAAUAUUUUUUACUGAAAUUCUUCCUAUUCAAAUUUUGAUUCCGUUUCCUGCUGAUAUACGUUUGCUGGGGGUUCUGGAGCAGUAAAGAGCGCUGGUGUGCAUUACCUUCAUCUUUGUCUUUUUAUUUAGCUCUGUAAUAUGACAGGGUGAAAACCACAUGGAGUGAAUGGGUGGUUCCAAUCAUUGGAUUUUAAUGUUCUAAUGACUUCCUAAGAAUUAAAAAAAAAAGUUUGGUGCUUUUGGGAAAGGCUAUCAUUGUGAGUGUGUGCACUCCAUAUAGUUACAGCUAUGAGGAUACUUUAACAGGGUAGCAGGGCUCUGAGAUGGUGAGCCCCAUAGCUCUGUGGGUACAUCCCAGGCAAUAAAGAGAUGAUGCUCUUGAUGUCUUAUAGCUUCUCCAGGAAAGCUGAAGGGCCCAAAAGAUAUUCUAGGCUAGUGGUUCUUAAAAUCAAGCAUUGCACUAGCAUCACCUGGAAAGUGGUUCAAGUCCAUAUUGAUGGGAGCUCCUCACAGUUUUUACUCAGUAGGUCUGAGCAGGGGACAGUGCAUCUUUCUAUCAAGUUUCUAGGAGAUAUAGGUGGGAAAACCCUUAGAGAACGUCUGUUCUGGGUUCCUAUGAAUCUUUUGGUACUGACCAUGACUCUUCUAUGCUAGACCAAUGAGAUACUGCCAUUCUUGAAAAGCUGUCCUGAAGACAAACUAUAUAAUCCGUUUUGAGCCAUUUCUAAAGCAUCAAUGCAGUUGGGAAUUUGUGCAGUGAGCAUUCUAUAAAAAUAAAAGUUUA